AUGCUUGAGGCUCCGCAUUAUCGCCCAAAGCUCUACUUUACUUGCAAUGGCCCUUGUCCUGAGUUGGCAGGCCAGGAAGAACCAUUCCCGGACCCAGACAACCAAUCUAAAAUGAAGAGGAGCUGCGAGAAUGCAGAGCAUGUUGGUCUCUUCACGCCUAAUGCCGGCCAGCACUAUCGCGACGAGCAGCGGCGCAGACGAUCUCAGUAUGACCGUGGAACUAGGCUAGCCGCCCUCGAGGAAUACGACUACGAAGCUGCAAUUCAAAAUAUGUACACCAUUACACCACAUUGA